AAGUCAUAAUGAUAUACAUCUCAGACCUUCAUACCCUAUAACUCCAUACCCUUUGGAUUGAAAUCCGUCAUCACAAUAUGGCUUUGAUUCGUUUAUUUCUCUAUGUGAUAGGGUUGGUAAUGGUUCCUGAUCCCUCCCAUGUCCGGGACUCACCACAAGACUACCUCAAUGUACAUAAUGUGGCUCGAGCACGAGUGGGAGUGGCAAACAUUAGGUGGGACAACACUGUUGCCGCCUACGCUCUGAAGUACACCAAGUCGAGGCUAGGGGAUUGCAAUCUCGUCCACUCAGGAGGGCCUUACGGCGAGAAUUUAGCCAAAGGCAGCGGCUCGUUUACGGCCGCGGCUGCGGCCAAUAUGUGGGUGGCGGAGAAGCCUUACUACAACUACACCUCCAAUGCUUGCACCGGCGGAAAGCAGUGCAGGCACUAUACUCAAGUGGUGUGGGCAAAGUCUGUUAGGGUGGGGUGUGCUAGGCUUCAAUGCAGGAAUUCGUGGUGGUUUGUUACAUGCAGCUAUUAUCCACCAGGCAACUACAUCGGGCAGCGCCCAUAUUAGGGACAACAUGCAACUAUAGUAUGUGCAUGUUAUGUAUAAUCUACAUCUCAUCUAUUUGAGAGAAAAGAUUAUACAUACAUGACAUUAGCUAUUGUCUAUCUGCUCCGUCUAGCCUCCCGUCUCCACUCCGGCCAUGCUUCUUCCUCUGUCUGCUUUCCUUCUUUUGGUUUCUUCUCCCAUCUCUUAACCCCUUCUCUGUUGCUGAUCCUUGAUCAUCAUCCAAACAUUGUUGGAAAGUAUAUCUCGCAGCAUUGAAUUGGGAUUGUCUUGAUAUGCAAGAAUAUAUUUGUAUUAAGUAGUUUUGAUUUGUUAGUAUAGUCUUUGAUUCCAAUUGUAACUGUGAUAACUGUCUUUCCUUACUGGUCUCCUAACUUGUUGGAGAACCACAAGAAAUGCAGUAGGUGC